UUCUGAGCGCCCUCCGUGAGGUACGGAAACAACGGUUAACUGCAACGUGCACCAUACGCCACACUACUGCAACGCAUCGUGGCGUAGACAUAGGAACGAGGUGGACGAGGGAUUCGGUCUGGCUCGAAGAUUCGUAGAGGGAAACAGUUUCGUUCGGCUGAGGGUGCCGUGAGAGACCCGUAUCGUUAUUCACUCGGACUCGUGGAAGAUGGGCGGCGAAGAAGGACUAGGUGUAACCACCGGUCAGCCGAAUCUCUACAAGCAGGACCUGUCGAAACUCGAUGUUAGUAAAUUAACUGCAUUAUCACGAGAAGUAAUUAGCAGACAGGCCACAAUUAAUAUUGGUACUAUUGGGCAUGUAGCACAUGGAAAAUCGACAAUUGUAAAAGCUAUUUCAGGAGUGCAGACUGUUCGUUUUAAAAAUGAAUUAGAAAGGAAUAUCACUAUUAAACUCGGAUACGCCAACGCGAAGAUUUACGAAUGCGAAAAUCCGAAAUGUCCCCGACCUGGACGGUACAUAUCUGGUGGAUCCAGUAAGGACGAUUCCUUCCCCUGCUUGCGUCCGGUGUGUCCAGGUAGAUUCCAAUUGGUUCGACAUGUCUCCUUCGUUGAUUGCCCUGGACACGAUAUUCUUAUGGCGACUAUGCUUAACGGAGCCGCCGUUAUGGAUGCCGCCUUGCUUUUAAUUGCUGGUAACGAAUCAUGCCCGCAACCUCAGACAUCGGAGCACUUGGCAGCUAUCGAAAUUAUGAAAUUGAAGCACAUAGUCAUCUUGCAAAACAAGAUCGACUUGGUUAAAGAAGCGCAAGCUAAGGAGCAGUAUGAGCAAAUCUUGAAGUUCAUUCAAGGUACGGUUGCGGAAGGCGCCCCAAUAAUUCCGAUUUCGGCGCAAUUGAAAUAUAACAUCGAGGUAUUGUGUGAGUACAUCACCAAGAAAAUUCCAGUGCCAAUGAGAGAUUUUACAUCGGAGCCUCGAUUGAUCGUUAUCCGAUCUUUCGACGUAAAUAAACCGGGUUGCGAAGUGGACGAUUUGAAAGGCGGUGUCGCUGGUGGUAGUAUUCUUCGAGGAGUACUGAAAGUCGGCAUGGAAAUUGAAGUUCGACCAGGAUUAGUGUCCAAGGAUAGCGAAGGCAAAUUGACUUGUCGUCCGAUAUUCUCGCGCAUCGUGUCUCUAUUCGCCGAACAGAAUGAAUUGCAAUUUGCUGUACCUGGUGGUCUAAUUGGUGUCGGUACCAAGAUUGAGCCUACUCUGUGCCGUGCUGAUCGUCUAGUCGGACAGAUUCUUGGAAGUGUUGGUGCACUGCCACAGAUAUUUAUCGAGCUGGAAAUCUCGUAUUAUUUAUUGAAACGUUUAUUAGGCGUCAGAACCGAGGGCGACAAAAAGGGCGCGAGGGUACCAAAGUUAUCAAGAGGAGAAGUAUUGUUAGUAAAUAUCGGAUCAUUGAGUACCGGUGGUAGAGUACUGGCUACUCGUGCUGAUUUGGCAAAGAUCAGCUUGACAAAUCCAGUAUGUACGGAGAUUGAAGAGAAAAUUGCAUUAUCUAGGCGAGUGGAGAAACACUGGCGCUUGAUUGGUUGGGGACAGAUUUGUGGCGGACAAACGAUAGAUCCUAUUCUGGAUCGGAAGUAACUGCGAUAUUUGGAAUUUAGCUUUCAUCAAAACUAUGAUUUCUACAAUUUGUCCGCAGCGCCACGAUCGGCCUUGUGUAUGCAAUAUUUGUAAUAAAAAUUUGAACCUAA